AUGCAAGUUGUCUUUUUCCAGGAGUGCUCUCUCUUUCUCUCUCUGGCGAUUCUAGGGUUUCUUCCUUCCUUCGUCAUUGAUCUUCUCUUCGGUGAAAUCACUAGCAGAGGCAACCUCUUCGGUUCCCUUGCAAAGUCCAGUGCUAGGUUUGACUUCACUGUCGAAUCUGCUAAGCUGGAGGCAAUUUCAUUGUGUUCUUGUGAGGAUCUAUUUCCUAUUGGUGAUAGCUUGAAGUCCAGAUUGGUUGAAGAUCUUGGAUUAGCUAGGGUUCCAAUUAGGGUUUGCAAUCUCAUAGAAUUAAAUAAUGUUAAAGCAAAGGGUCCCUUCCACAACGGUGCUGCCACGUGGUAUGGCCCGCCCGACGGAGCCGGAAGUGAUGGGGGAGCUUGUGGCUUUGGACCUGAUGUAAACCAUGCUCCCUACUAUGGUUACAUUUCUGCUGGAAAUAACAACUUAUUUAAAUCCGGAGCUGGCUGCGGAACUUGUUAUGAGGUGAAGUGCAUAGAUAACCCUGCUUGUUCAAAAAAGGCAAUUAAAGUAACAAUUACAGACGAGUGUGCCGGUUGCCAUGACGCUGCCAUGCACUUCGAUUUAAGUGGAAGAGCUUUUGGAGCUUUGGCAAAUCCUGGCCAAGAAAACAACUUGAGGAAUGCCGGCAAGAUCAGUCUUCAGUAUAGAAGGGUAAAAUGCAACUACAAAUCAAACAUAAAAUUCAAAAUUGAUCCGGGGUCAAAUCCUUACUAUCUAGCCUUUGUGGUGGAGAAUUUGAAUGGAUAUGGUGAAAUUUCUCGUAUUGAUCUGCAACCUUCAAACUCGGAUUGGGUGCCAAUGCAAAGAUCUUGGGGAGUUACAUGGAAAUCCGAUUUGAGAAAUGCACAAAAAGGUCCUUUCUCAGUUAGGAUCACUGGACCGGGAAACAAUGAAUCGAUUACCGCAUACAACGCCAUUGCUAAUGACUGGCAAACUGGAAAAUUCUAUUUCUCCGAGAGUAAUCUUUGA